CACUUUGGACUUUCUUCUUUACUUAAUCGUGUCAAAAAGUAGUACUAUUACUAAAAAUGUUGAACAAGAAAAGAAUGCCAAUGUACCCGAAGAAUGAUCGGAUCCAGCCUGGCGACGGAUCCAUCCACUUUUCUUCAUACCAUACCGUCGCAAAUAAAUGUUAUCCCCUCUUCUCAUUUGCUCCAAAUCAAAGCAAUCCUCUCUUACAAAACGCAAAUUUUCACCAAUACAAACUUGCAUGUCCCGCUUCAACUUGGCCAAAAAGCUCCACCCCGCUAGAAAAGCGUGGAAGAGUUUCAGAAACCGUCUCCAAUCCAAACUACAUGAUCCAAAGCUUGUAAUUGCGACAAUCACUGCUUUAGGACAGCGCUGCUCGAUUGCUUGGCAAUCCAUAUCCCGUUUUCUUCACCGAAAAAUUAUUGGUAUAACGAAACGGGCCGUUCCGCCUCUUUCCCACCGCCAUCUCCACCUCUACCGCCACCACGUCGGCCAGAGCUACUCCCCCAUUUACGUGGACGAGCUGUUUCCAGGGCUGGUCACGUUAGCAGAACCAGGAAGGAUUAAAGAAAGUAUGGCUGAAUCAAGUAGUAUUUCCGUAUCUGUCAAUAAAACCAGGCCUGGAUCGACAGUGGAAGCUCAUCGUGAUGGAAAGAUUCAAAUCCAGGAUAAAGUGAGGGCCAAGAUUCCUGGAGAUGCUGAGAGGGGAUUGGCGCCUGUCCCUGUGGGGAAAGGAAAAGCGAAAGCCGGUGAGAGUAGCAAAAGUGCUGCUUCAGCUGAGAAAUGGAAACUUCCUCUGAUCCCACAGUUUAAAGGCGUCGAUGAAAGAGCUGAGGAAUUCAUAGCUAAAUUCCGACAGGACAUGAAGCUUGAAAGGGAACAAUCAAUUCUUGAGUUUGAGGAGAUGCUGAAACGAAGUGCUUAAGGAAAGGAAAUUAUACUUUUUCUUGCAACUUUCCAGAGGUUUGAAGGUUUUAAUACGGAGGCUGAUGGUUGUUAAUUUUUUUCCCUUUUUUUGGGUUUGUUUUUUGGAUGCCCAAUUUUUUGAAGGGUUGCAUUUUUUUAUUUUUUAUUUUUGAAUUUUGGGGUUUUAUACGUAUUGAUUUGG